AUGUCGCGUCGCAUGUAUGUUCGUAAUAUGAAUGGAGAGAUCUCCAAAACCUGGCGCCUUGGCACUGCGGAGGCCAACACCAUGGGGGUCAACGUUGCAACCUUCGGGGCGACAGGGAUUAUUGGCUCCCAUAUUCACGCCGUGAAUUGCAUGCAUGGCUACACCAACAUUAUCCCAUUUCGUUUCCGAGGUGGCAUUGCGAGCGGUGUGCGCCAACUACGAGCGUUGGGUGACGGAACCGUAGGUCAAAACUUUGAAACCGAUUACGAGAUCGACAAGGAGUUCGUCGUCAAAUCCAUUUUGGAGAAGGUAGAUAACGUGAUUAACAGUGUCGGUGCAUGGCAGGAGCCGACUAUCUAUGAGAAUAGCCAGUCUUGGUUUUCUAUGGAGGCUAUCAACAUUGAGUGGCCACGAAUGCUGGCGCGUUGGUCUCGUGAGUUAGGCAUCCUCAAGUUCACACAUAUGUCUAUGGUGGGGGCGGACCUCAACAGCCCCUCGAAGCUUUUGCGUCAGAAACGCGAGGCCGAGCUGGCUGUUCUCGAGGAAUUCCCAACCGCCACGAUUAUCCGGAGUACGGAUGUCUUUGCGGAGGAUGAUCUUACCUACUCCAAGUACCUCAAGGCGCAGCGCUACUGGAAGGUUGUACCGGUUCCCAAUAAUGGUCAGCAUAUCCACCAGCCGGUAUUCGCCGGGGAUAUCGCCGAGGUGGUAGCACGCUCGCUUUUGUUAGACCACACCGAGGGCCGCAUUGCGGAGUUGGGUGGCCCCAUUCGCUUCACAACGAAUGACCUUCUUCGAUGGUGUUCGGAGUGCAAUUGUCUGCGGGAUUAUGUGAUGCCCAUGCCCAAAUGGUUCUUCAGGAUUUUUUGUCAUUUGAACGAGCGACUUCCUUUUCAUAAGGGCGCCCUCUUCGGGACCAGACCGCCCUUGUGGAACAAAGAUUGGCUAGAUCGGCAAUUUAUUGAUAACUGCGCAAUGCCGGAGCGAGACCCGGAGUUGUUGGACUGGGAGGACUUCGGUAUCCCGCGCGAGGACCUCUACCGUAUGGAGGAGAAGUACUUCAUUACAUCGGGAAUGUGGUCGAAAAUGGUUCCCUACACGGACUAUGGUCACCGUCUAUAA